GUUGCAGUCAAACAGAUGGAACUCAUCGGGAUCCCUAUAAUCGUCAUCAUAGGACUGAUCGGGAACGCUUUGUCGGCAGUGACGUUCCUCAACAAGAAGAUGCGCGUGAUGUCUUGCUCGCUGUAUCUGGCGGCUCGUGCCGUGACGGACUCGGGUUUCCUCAUCUGCCUCUUUGUCAUAUGGCUUCAGUACGUCGGCGUUCCGAUCAUCCACACCCACGGCGUCUGUCAGGCAGAAAUCUUCUUCAGCUACCUUUGUGGCUUCCUUUCAGUUUGGUUCAUCGUCUGGGUGACUGUUGAGAACUAUUAUCGAAUCUGUCAACCGUUCAAAGUAUCCCUGUUCUGCACUCCGAAGAAGGCGUUGUUUAGAAUUUUAAUCACCACAGUCAUCGGUUGUAUGAUCUAUAGCGUCUCCACCUGGAUUAAUGGCAUCGUCUCAAGAGGUCGGAAGUCCGUCUGUUUUAUUAAAAUGGAGUAUAAAACCAUCAGUACAGUCCUCAUUUACGGAGACUGUUUCAUCACACUCAUUCUCCCCUGUGCCAUUAUUCUGAUCGUUACAUCUCGGAUUAUUUUCAACAUCUUAAAAACUUACCGGAAGCGUGCACCUGCCAGGCACAGAGGCAGCUUUCGACUCAAAGCCACAGUCAGCAAAAUGCUACUGUGGGUGUCAUUGGUCUUUCUGAUCCUCAAUUUACCCAGCCAUUCCGUCAGGCUCCGCGCUUUGUUCGAAAUGAUGACGAAGCAAACGACAAAACCGACACCAUUACUGUUCGUUCUGCAGAGAGUUCUCCAAAUGAUUUUCUACAUGAGUUUUUCCAUCAAUUUUUUCAUCUAUGUCUCGUUGGGUCCAUCUUUUCGGAGGAACUUUCUGAGAAUAACGGGAAUAUCUCGUUCGAGAAACGGAAAUCAGCCGGAGAUAAACGCCUACGAGGACAAACUUUGCAAUGGCAAUGCUCCGGAUCUUCUUCUCCCCGAUGAAAAAGCGAACAUCAUUUCUAAAGAGCAAACAUUCUGAUGUGAUGCAUUGUUUCCUUAGUUUGUAAUACCUGUAAUAACUAAUUUGUUUCAAAGCCCAAUAAAGCAUCUUUAGGUAUGAUCCAAAAGG